GCAUCGGACGUAUGCGAGAGCGGAAUGAGGCGACCGACAUCAACAAACUCUGCGCCUCGGUCCCGGAUGACUUGGCGAAAAUCAUUCGAGAAUAUCCUGAGAUCUUCCCGGACGACUUGCCAAGUGGACUGCCACCCGAACGACCCCAGGAUCACAAAAUCGAGCUGGAGCCCGGCGCGCAGCCUACUGUACGCACGCAAUGGCGCCUGACUCAGCCGGAGCUACAGGAGUUACGAAACCAGUUGGACUACCUGCUGGCGAAAGGGUUCAUUCGGCCGAGCACAUCCCCGUUCGCAGCACUGAUCCUGUUCACACCAAAAAAGGACGGUGGACUUCGCAUGUGUACGGAUUAUCGUGCCCUUAAUCGGGUAACGAUUAAAUCGCGCUACCCAAUCCCACGAACGGACGAACUGAUCGACAACCUUCGCGGAGCUCGUUACUUUUCGAAGAUCGACCUUCAUGGCAGUUACCAUCAAAUUCGAGUGUUCGCUGACGACUGCCACAAGACCUCGUUUCGUACUCGCUACGGGAGUUACGAAUACACGGUGAUGCCGUUUGGAUUAACGAACGCCCCCUCGACGUUUCAACUCACCAUGAAUGGGGUAUUCCGCGAUCUACUCGACAAAUGCGUAAUAAUUUACCUGGAUGACAUCCUGAUCUACAGCAAGACCCGUGAGCAGUAUUUAAAAGAUUUGGAAGCAGUUUUUCAGCGGUUGCAGCAGAAUCGUCUCAUCACCAAGGGCUUUAAGUGCGAGUUUUUUAAACAAGAACUGGAGUUUCUGGGGCAUGUGAUCUCCACGGAGCGGAUUCGAAUAGACCCGAAAAAACUCAGGGCUAUUCAGGAGUGGCAACCGCCGACAAAUCUGCAGCAGCUGCAAUCAUUUCAGGGUUUCGUGAAUUACGUACGGAGGUUUAUACCCAACAUGGCGGGGUUAACUGGACCUCUAACCGACCUACUGCAGAAAGGGACUUUUUACGAGUGGGGGGAGAAGCAGCAAGCUGCGUUCGAGGCAUUAAAAACUCUUUUAAUGUCGCCACCGGUACUUCGCAUCGCUGACCCGGAACGGCCCUUCGAAGUCAUCACCGACGCAAGUGACAUCGCCAUCGGAGCAGUGCUCAUGCAGGAUUUCGGCAACGGGCUUCAACGAAUCGCGUACGAGUCUCGGAAAAUGCAAUCUGCUGAGCGUAACUACCCGGUACACGACAAGGAGAUGCUGGCGAUCGUCCACGCGUUCAAAAUCUGGAGGUGCUACCUGACUGGAGCAGACGUGACGGUGCGAACCGAUCACAAAUCACUACAGUACCUGAGGGCGCAGCCGAAUCUCAACCCGCGGCAGAUACGCUGGCUGGACUAUCUGGAGUCGAAUUUCACGUACAAGAUCACGUACAAAAAGGGCGCCAACAAUAUCGCCGACGCCCUUUCCAGACCAUCUGCCCAACUCGCAGCAGUACUAGUCGCCCAGAGCAACCCGCUACUGAGUGGACUAUUUACCCACGGGUAUUCGACUGACCCCUUCUUCAACUGCCUCGGCUUUUCCAGACCUUCCGGUUCGACCUUCGGGAGUUCUCCAGGCCUCGCUUCGUCACUUCGAGACCCUUCGAUCUCCUUCCCGAACCUUCCCAUCGCAUGGUUAGACUAGCUCUGGUGUUCCUAUAUCUUGGCUU